AUGUCGAACACGCAAAUACCCGCAAAUAGUGUUUGGAGUUCCAUGAACUACACUCCCCCACGCGGAUCAUCUACAUCUUUUGAAUGCGACGGCUGUGGCCACCAUGCUUCCUACCACAACCUGGACAAUCCAUCAGAAGACGCCAUCCUCGCCAAAUGGUCUGCUCAAGAAAAAGCCAUGACAAGUCAACAACAAGCAUCAAGCUCAUCACGAAACAAGCGCAAACGCAUCACCUCCCAACCUCACGAUGGCAACCAAUCCACAAUAACCAUCACAGACGACGCCCCAGAAACCAUACCAGGCGCCUUCGAUGCAUCGAGAAACCCCAACAAUACGAUUCACGCAUUUUCAUCUCCGUUCAGCAACAGAAACGGCAAUCAGAGAUGA